AUGAUUUUGGGUUUAAGAUCUAAGUACGCGGUUCUGUUAGAAGAGUCUCAAGAUCUCCGGCGUCGACAUUCCUUCAUCCCUUCUGCUCCGUCUUCAAGCUUCUUAGAUCUGUCAGCUCCUCCUCCUUCGACGUUGUCGUUUCCAAUUAAUAGAGGCGGUGGUGUUGACGAGCCAGGUGGCUGCCACGAUCAGCGGUUGGAAUCUCAAGCUAUUAAGUUCCGAUUUAAGAGUCAGAUCCCACUUCUUCCAAAUUUUCAGGUCAGAUCAGUUUCAAUGGCCGACUUUGGAGUCAGUUUGGGGGCGAAUGUUGCAGCAAGUGCGGUGACAGCAAUAGGACGAGAAGCUCUUUAUUGUUAUGAAUUCAAUGAGAUUGUUACAGACAUGGAUGUUGGACAACAGAAAUUAGAGUCAACCAGAGCUGGCAUGGAAGCCCAAUUUAGUAAAGACAGAGUCAACACUAAAGAGCCUUCGGAUUACCUUAAGGAGCAGGUGAAGGACGCAAAAGUUCUCAUAGCCGAAUCGGAGAAGCUGAAAGGGGAAGCAGAAGCAAGCCAGGACUGUUGCAAUGGGGCUUGCCCUAACUGGAUAGGUCGAUACACUGUAGCCAAGAAAGCAAAGAAGAACAAGGAAGCAUUGAAGACGCUCCAUGACAAAUUGGGGCCAAAGCUAUUAUCACGUCGUCUAUCACUUCGACCCAUGGGCCCAUCAGAAGAAUUUAUUCCUUUCAAAUGCACAGAAGAGGCUGGCAAAGAAAUCUUAAAGGCAGUGAGAAAUGAUAAGAAGAUAAGAAUAGGGCUUUGGGGAAUGGGGGGUUGUGGUAAGUCGUCCUUGUUAAAAAAACUGCAGAAGGAAGUUGAAGACUCCACACCUUACAAGACGGCAUUUGCUACUGUGUCCAAUCCUCCAAAUUAUCUAGCUAUUCAAGACAGCGUUGUAAGCCGGAUGGGCCUGGAAUUUGGGCCGACAGAGCGAAAUGUACAAGAUAGAGCUGCAAGACUGCGUAUGGCAUUUGAUGCAAUGGAUGAUGAAAGUAAGUAUCUUAUAAUCCUGGAUGAAGUGUGGGAUGUGCUUCACUUAGAAGCCAUAGGAGUUCCUGUCGGUGAGAAAUGCAAGGUUCUUCUGGGUUCUCGGAAUAGACGUAUAUUUGACAUGAUGAAAUUUGAUAAAGAUGCAGUGAUUCCGCUGCCACUUUUAACGAACGAGGAUGCCUGGAAACUGUUUCAAAUGCAUGCUGGUAAAGUAGAAGAUUCAUUCCUACAAGUGGCUCAAGAGAUCACUCAUGAAUGUGACAGAUUACCUGUUGCAAUUAAAGCUGUGGCUAGUACUUUGAGGACUAAAGAACUUCAUGAGUGGAAAGAAGCAUUCGCGACAUUGAAAGAUCGUAGGCGGCCACUAGAUAUUGAAAAAGGACCGGAUAAUCCUUAUACAUGUCUAAAAUGUAGUAUUGAUGAGUUGGAAGGUGCAGAAGAGGUAUCACUUUAUUCAUUAUGUACUCUGUUCCCUAACAAUUCAGAGAUUGCCAUUGAAGAUCUCAUCAGAUUUGCAUUUGGGUUAGGCAUAUUUCUGGAUGUCAAGUCAUAUGAAAGAGCAAGGUCGAAAGUGCCAACAGUCAUUGAUAAAUUCAAAAGACACAGUUUGCUGCUACAUGAUGAAGGGCAGUGUGUUAAAAUGCAUUACAUGUUGCGUGCCUUAGCCUUAUGGGAAGCGAAGAACAAAGUUCAAGUGAUUAUGGGUCCCAGACAAAGUCUAGAGGAUCUAACAAAGGAAUAUUAUAUGAAAGAUACAACCAGAUUAUAUGGCCGUAAUAUAUAUGUAAUGCCAGAUCAGUUGAAUUGUCCUGAACUUGAGAUACUACUAGUGUCCAAUGAUAAUGGAUGCUCAACAGAAUUCCUAGAUGCUUGUUUCAAAGGGAUGGUAAAGCUCAAAGUGCUCGCCAUCAAAAAUACAUCCAUUGGGAUGAACCCAGUUCUACUGCUACCUGGAUCAAUUGACAGACUAAAAAUGCUUCGAACUCUUUGUUUGAGAGGAUGGACAUUAAUUGAUAUCUCUGUUCACCAAAAAUUAGAGAUGCUUCACACUGUUGAGCUAUCAUAUUGUGAAAUAAAAGGGCUUCCUGAAGAAUUAGCAAAUCUAGAGGCAUUAAGAUUAUUGGAAGUGUCACAUUGCAAAAUAGGAGGGAAUCCUUAUAAGGUGCUUACCAGAUGUUCCCAACUGGAGGAGCUGUAUUUCGUUGAAAAUGAUCUUCCAGAUAUGGUGCAGGCAGAUCAAAAUGUUGCUGAAUUUUUUCACCGAAUUGGCUCCUUUAAGGUCCUCCAAAGGUAUCAUUUAGAAAUUGGAGGCUCCAUAAAUACUUCCAAGGAUGAUUAUUCGUUGUCUAAACUCAUAUCCGUAAAUAAUUUUGAUGCCUCUAUCCCAAAUGCAGUAGUCAAGGCAUUGCCCCAGACACUUGAGGUUCUUUGCUUUGAAAAAUUUCGGGGGAAUUGUACAAGCAUCGUUCCUGACAUAUUCCCAACACGGGGUGAAUGUUUGGAUGAGUUAAAAGAAUUUGUACUUCGUGAUUCUGAUUGCAUAAAAUGGCUGAUUGACACCACAAAUGAUCAAUCAUAUCAAGCUAGAAUCAUCUUCUCCAAGUUGCAGGUGUUGAAAGUGGAAGCCAUGAAAUGCUUGGAAGCCUUAUGCCAUGGUCCACCUCCUUCUGGCCUUUUUGAGAAAUUACAGAAGAUGUUUAUAACAAAUUGUAGCCAAUUGGCAUCUCUCUUCACAGCUACCUGUGCUCAAAAAAUGGUGAUGUUAGAAGAGCUGGAAGUGAUAGGUUGUGGUGACCUGAGGAAUAUGGUUACAGUCGAAAAAGAUGAAGAUAUUUCAGUAGGGUCAGUGCUCCCAAAGUUGAACCAAGUCAGGGUAAAAAGUUGUGAAAAUCUUGAAUGCAUAAUGCCGAUCUCUCUUGCUAGUGGCCUUCUGCGACUGGAGAGUCUCGAAAUAGAAGAUGCUGCUAAGUUGCAAUAUGUAUUUGGCGAAGACAAUCAUGAAAAAGAUCAAAAUCAGAACCAGAUGAUCAUUGAGCUACCAAUUAUGAAGAAACUCAAGCUCAUUAACUUGCGAAACAUCAUCGGCAUUUGCCCACAAAAUUAUCGUGUGAAGUGGCAAUUGGAUGAACGGUUUGUGGAGGCAUGUCCAACGUUGAGGGAUGCAUCUUCUUUAGAUUCAGAAAUAAGACAAGAAGAUGAUGAGGAGGCUAUGAAGCAGAAUAACACAGAAACAUCAAAGGGAAGUCUUCAUAAAAAUCCUGCGUCAGAAGAAUCAACAGUAGGAACUUCAUCACAGGAGUUGAUUGUGAAACAACCACAGGUUAAACUUGAACCGCCACAGAUUGUGAUAGACUCGCAACAAGCUCUUGAAGAUUACAAAGUGUCUCUUCCUCUGUCUAUGGAUCCAACAGUGCUUUCACCAGGUAGUAGCAUCACUACCACUCUCCUGACUGCAGAAGCACUGAGGACUUCGUCUUCAACAAAUCAGCACCCUCCAGCAGAGGAGUUGAUUGAUUUUCAUGGUCUGUUUAAGAUUAAGGCAAGGCGUGCUUUCUUCCUCGAAGAGGCAUUUGUCAAAUAUCCACAUUUAUGGCAAUGGAAACGCAAACAAAGGACUCCUAGGAUUUGCAAGGUGGGAUAUAAAUCCUUGGCUGACAUGUUGGCAUUCUUAAACUCAGACACCAAAGACAAUGGAUAAUUCAAAGAUGAAUGAAUUUGAAGAUCUAUACUAUGAACUGGAACAUUUUGGCUUUGACAAGAUGUGGCUGGCAUCUGUUCGACAAAGAGUGACGGAUAUGCAAGCCAAUCAUAAUAACAAGUUGACCUGGCUGGAUCAGUUGGAGUCUCAAAUAAGCAUCUUGGAGAACGACUCAGUGAUGCAAGAGCAAGCUUGGUCAGUGUGAAGGAUGAUCUCUCAAAACCUGAAGAUGUAUUUGGCUUUUAAGUAUGCUUAGUGAUAAGACAUGAAACUCUUGAGAUCACUCUAUUUGUCUGAACUUUGAUUUGGUUUGUGGUUUAUCAUACUUUAUUUUCUAAGAACACCCCCUGCAAUUGUACUUCCAAACAACAUGUCAAAAAUUGCCAUGUUGACUAGAUCUUAUCUUUCUUUAUCUUGGAUUUCAAAUAUCUGUAAUAAUAGUCAUUGUUCUUGUA